AUGGCAAGAAAGCUGCUGCAGCUACUACUACUAGCACUUUUCUUGUCCUGCACCGCCAUUCUGAUCACCCCAGCUCUCUCAGAUGAUGGCACCGCCGACGACGACAUUCACCGCUGGUGCCACCGAACCCCAUUUCCAGAACCCUGCAAGUACUACAUAACCAACAGUCCCGCCCACUCUGUUCCCAGAAACAGCACAGAGUUUGAAAGAUUAAUGGUGGAAAUCUCGCUGGCGCAGGCUGUCGAUGCAUGGACGGAAGCGAGGAAGAUGAAGCCUAGCUGCCGGAGCGAGCAAGAGAUGGCGGCGGUGGGCGAUUGCUUGAGGCUUUACGAUCACAUUGUUCUCCAGCUUAACCAAACCCUUAAGCCUGAAACUGAGUGUACUCAGUUCGACGCUCAGACUUGGCUAAGCACCGCGCUCACAGAUCUCGAAACUUGCCGCGCUAGCGCGGUGGAGCAAGGCGUCUUGGAUUUCUUGUCGCCGUUGAUGUCGAAGAACGUCUCCGAGUUGAUCAGCGACGCUUUGGCCGUUAAUUACGAGGGGAAGCCGGAGCCUAAAAGAAAGUACGCUGAUGGGUUUCCGAGUUGGGUUUCCGGCCACGAUAGGGAGUUGUUGCAGACAUUGGCGUCGCCGAAGCGAGCCAAUCUUGUGGUGGCGCAAGACGGGAGUGGCCAUUUUCGGACCAUUCGACAGGCUGUUGCUGCGGCGGCGAGAAGGAGCGGCGGCCGGAGGUUUGUUGUUUACGUGAAAAGUGGGAUUUACGGGGAGAAUAUUGAGAUUGGAGCGGAGAUGAGUAACAUAAUGUUGGUCGGAGAUGGGAUUAGGAAGACGAUUAUCACCGGCAGCCGGAGUGUAGGCGCCGGCACUACUUCUUUCAAUUCAGCAACCGUUGGGAUUAUGGGCAACGGAUUCAUAGCCCGGGACAUCACAUUCCGAAACACCGCCGGCCCAAAUAAAUACCAAGCGGUGGCGCUCCGGUCCGGCUCCGACCAAUCCGUCUUCUACCGCUGCGGCAUCAUGGGCUACCAAGACACCCUCUUCGUCCACUCACAGCGCCAAUUCUACAAGCAAUGCUACAUCUACGGCACCAUCGACAUCAUCUUUGGCAACGCCGCCGUUGUCUUCCAAAACUGCAUGAUCUACGUAAGGCGGCCGAUGCCCGGCCAGGUCAACGUGAUCACAGCUCAAGGCCGGAGCGAUCCAAACCAAAAUACCGGCAUUUCAAUACACAACUCGCGGGUCAUGGCGGCACGGGACCUGAAACCGGUGCUCCCCUCAUUCAGAACUUACUUGGGUCGACCGUGGCGGCAGUAUUCGAGAACCGUGUAUAUCAAGACUUUUCUUGAUAGUUUGGUGCAUCCCGCGGGAUGGUUGGAGUGGGAAAACACGAAUUUUGCGAUUGGGACAGUGUAUUAUGGCGAGUAUGGAAACUUUGGUCCUGGAUCGUCGGCUCGUUGGAGGGUGAAAUGGCCCGGUUAUCACCGGAUAGCAAAUCCGAGAGAGGCGGCAAGGUUUACCGUCGGGAAUUUUAUUGCCGGCCGGACGUGGCUGCCGGCCACCGGCGUGCCUUUCACUGUUGGCCUAUGAUGACGUACGGUGCAAUUAUAAGUAUUGUUCUUGAUGCCUUGGUUUUGUUAACGUAAUUAGUAUUUCAUCAUAAGCUUUUAAUUUUCCUCUUUUAUAUAUUGUUGUAUAUAUAUUCUGUUGUUUUAUUACUAAA